CCCCCCCCCACCCCCCCCCCCCCCCCCCGCCGCGGGCGCCCCCCCCCCCCCCCCGCCCCCCGCGCGGGGGGGGGGCGCCCCCCGACUUACUACAAUAACUGAAUGAUAUGGUGGCUUUAGUGGAGGCUGAUGAAGUUUGUUUAACUAAAACGUGAGUUGAAGAAGCAAUUAUGUCUAUAGUAAUAGCGUUAUAGUUAUAUUUUUAUCCUUUUUCAUUAUUUUAUGUUUUCUUUUCUUACUCUUGCUGUAAGAAAUCACAUUUCUCACUUCGUUCUCGUUCCUUUGGACGUACACAUUUUGUCCUUUCGUUCUAUGUCUGGAAUGACCCUCAUUUUCUGUCGCUCAUAUAUUUAGUACAUACACUGACUACGAUACAGUCUUUUCCGUCCAUCUUUUACAUAUGUAUACAUUUCUUUGACACAUAUAUGCACACAUAUGCGCUUGUCUUUUUCUCUGGUUUUUUCGUUGUGAUUUCACCUACUAUAUAUAAGUGUGUUUAUAUCAGUUUAGUUAGUUUCGCUGUAUCGUUCAGACCGUUUGUCGUCUACUUUUUUUGUAUUGAUUCAUUUUUGUAAUGGCGUGUAAAAAAGGUCGGAAAUAACUGUUACCGCAAGCUUUCUUUCUGUGCAUUGUACAUACAAGGCUCAUUCUCUAAUAUGGCGACCCCGGUAGGAAAGCAUUUGUUAUUAAAGAAAUUAAACUUUAUAGAUCUUUCUUUUUAACGAAGGGCACUAGGAGUAACAAUAACAAAAACAAUUUACAAUUAGUUCCUUAUCAUCCGGUUACCAACCGUAUUACCAAUAAAUAUCAAACUCAACAAAAUUCAUCUUUAAAUAUCUCCGACGACAAAGGCUGUUAGAUUCAUUGGUUGCAACAGCAAAGAAAACCUGGUUUGUAGAGCAACCGACUUUCUCUGAUGAACCAGAUGGCAGCACAGUCGAACAAUUUUUAAAAAGUUUAAAAUCUGUGACGACUCGAAAUGAUAAAACAAAAGAUGAAGACUGAUUACAAGUAGACAGCGGAAAGCUGAUUAAAACACAGCCAAAUGGUUUGAUGAUAAUAUAGAAUUAUUUAAAAAUCAAUGCAGUGAAUUUCAAUCAGCAUUUACCAAUCGGUUUUCAUCGUCAAUCCAAUUACAGUGUAUCAACAUCCAAAUCAUCCGGUUCAAAAACCAUCACCAUUUACAACAUCACAAAAAGAUAAUUAUACUGAUCCCUAUAAAAGUUUUAGUUUAAAUCAAGCACCAGUCCCUUCUGAAAAUCCACAGCCAUAAAGUUCAUUAUUACAAUUUAUCCAUGCAAAGUUUGCUGAAAAACAAAUCAUCGGACAGUUGAAUGCAAACAUAGGCAUUCAUCAGGAUUUUAAUUGCGGACAAAAGCAUGUAGUCCGCGAUUGUCACCCUCUGCCACAUCUUCAAUCACUGAGGUACGUGACGGCGUUGUUCCCAGUAAGCCAGAGAAGCCAUCAUCAAUAACAACACCGUCGUCAUCGCCCCCGAUUUUCAUUAAGAUUUUAGUCAACAACAAACCAACUCAUGCGAUUGUUGACAUGGGAUGAGCUAUCACAAUAAUACAUCAAGAUUUAUUAAAAACACCUGAUCGUAGUUAUCCGGUUUCACUCACUGAACAAUUUAUCAUACCAGCUUCUUUACAACGAUUAAUCAAUGUUAAUUUACAAGUAAAACUAGCAAAUGAGCUGAAUGAUUCAACGCAAAAAACACAGGUGCAAGAUAUUCUAUGGCGAAAUAAAGAUAUAUUCGAUCUAACGCCAUCUAUCGUUAAUAUUAAAGCACAGUCAGCUGUUAAAAGCGGUGAUCAUUCUUCAAUCUUUUGCUAUCAAGAGCCAUCGGGUGCCAGUCCUGGGAUUUGUCGGAAAUCUGAUACAACGCUCGAACCGCAAACAAUCAAGAUCACUUUACUACCAUUUCGAAAAGAGCACCCCGGGCUAUCAGAUCAUGAGAAAAAAUCAAUACAUUCCAUCAUUUAUGUCGAAACGACAGCGAAUAUCUCACCUCUUAUACCACCGAAUUUCAUAUCAUUCGGUACGGAAUAUGGCGACGAGAUAAUGCCACGAUGUGACGAUAUGUUGCCGUUACCAAUUCUCACACCAGUGCAAUUUCCAUUUUUUGGUAAAAAAUAUACUCAAAUUCAAAUCAAUAUUAAUGGUCUGAUAUUAUUUGGUAAUGGAUCGAUCAGUGGACAUUAUACUCCUUCUCGAUUUCCAGUUAAAAGACUCGUAUGUAUUGCUCCAUAUUGGGCAGAUGUGAGUACAUCUCGAGAUCUUCUUAGCGAUAUAUUUUACCGUCAAAUAACAGAUGCUGUAACGUUGCGAGAACUUGAUGCAAUUGUAUCUGAUAGCUUUCCAAAUUUAGUUUCGUAUCCAUCUGUAUGGGCAUUUGUUGUUACAUGGUAUAACGUUCCAGGUUAUGGACUUUCAAAUAAUUUACGUAAUACAUUACAAGCUAUAAUAUUAACAAAUGGUUUACAAUCAUUUACCAUUUAUCACUACCAUAAACUACAAUGGUCAUAUGGAACAGCAUCCGCGGAUAUACAUGCACAAGUUGGAUUUAAUGCCGGAAAUGAAAAAAAUUAUUUUAUUAUUGAUAAAUCGUUUACACCUGAUAUAUUAUCAAUAACAAAUGAUUCAAACGUUGGUAAGCCCGGUCGAUACAUGUUUUACAUAUCGAAUGAAAUAAAUGAUAUUCAAUGUAACACAACUGAUGGAUUAACAGUAUCACCAUUUCGUGGUUCAACAUUUGGCGGUUAUCAGAUACAUUUGCGUGGUAUUUGUUUUAAUGAAACAAUUUAUAAAAUAAUUGUUGACGAUCAAAUUAUUGAAAAUUAUCAAAUUAAUUCUCAUUAUAUUAUAUUCAUUAUGCCAAUGCUUAUUAUUAAUGAGUCCAUAUUAAAUAUUUAUCUUUACAAUGCCAAUAAUGAAUUAAUCAACACAACUCAAUUUAUUGUUGAAACACCAAUAAAUAAUGCACAAUUAGUUUUGAACAACUAUAACGAAUCAAUUAAUUUAGUUGAUUUGGACGAACACGAAUCAUUUAUAUUAAACUUCAAAAUAAAUUCUUUAACAACGAAUAAUCUUUUUAAUAUUGAAUUGUAUCAUUAUUCAAGACAAUUUGACGAUAGUAAUGUGCCUUAUGGUGAGAUUACAAAACAUCGAAUAGAAAUAGAACAUAAUGUUAAUUUAUCAUCAGUUCAAACUUUAAAAUAUAACUAUAGAGAUGUAUUAAAACAUUUGCCAGAUGAUGCCAAUAUAAUGCAUAAAAUUAGAGUACGUUUAGUAGUUUCAUCGAGAUCUCAACAGAUUACAAAUGUACCUUUAAUAACAUGGGGAUGGCAAUUAUAUAAACUACAUAAAAAGGUACAUGGUUAUUGUUCAUUAUGGCAUAGUAGACAAGCAAAUGCAUCUAUAUACCUUUCACUAAUACCAAAAUGUCCAUGUUCUAUACCCACUAUUGUAUCUGGCCAUUUUCCAACAUCAUUCAAUGAAUUUGUAACGGAUGAUGCAUGUGAUUCGUCGAAACCAAAUUCUUGUCAAUUACAUGUUGGUGCAACACAUUGUUAUCGUCGAUCAUUUAAAAUUAGUGGUCCUGGUGCACAAUGUUGUUACGAUGUAAACGGUACGUGGAUUACAGAACCAGAAAAAGGUGCUGGAACAUUGGACGUACAAACAGCAUCAGGCAGUUUAUAUCAGAAAUGGAUUUUACAUAUUAUUGCUGAUGUAUUACCGUAUUUUGCUUGUUGUAAAAGUAUAUUUGCAACGAAAGAUUCAUGUAAACUUUAUUAUGAAAAACGGCCAGCAGGUGAAUGUGAACAUGUGUCACUUCCAAUUACUGACAUUGGCAAUAGUCAUCUCCAUUUUUUGACGCAUGAUGGUCUACAUUAUACGUUUCCUGGACAUGGUGAGUAUAUUUUAGUUCAAACAUUUGAUACUAAAAUACCGUUAGAAAUUCAAGUGCGAUUAGAACUAAUUCCCCCACCGGAUAUACCCAGUGAAGAUACGAAUAAAAGUACAGCUAUAGUAGCAUUCGCUAUUAAGAACAGUAAUUAUUCAAAAGUACAAUUUGAGCUGCUAAAAACAUCAAAAGUAGUGGAGAUAAGAGUUAAUAAUUAUAUAAAAGAGGUAUGA